AUGCACCGCAUUCAAGGCAACAGUGAAUCUAAGGUAGAUGAUAGUGAUUCAAACAUAAAUUCGGAAGGAAAAGAAGACCAACCGGCGAUGGUUCAUAAGAUCCAAGUUGAAGCGGAUGAUGACAAUAAUCCGUUUCUUGGUUCAAGGGGACCAUCGAGAUAUAGAGCGCUCAGCAGAGCAUUCGAAGCCCGAAUGAAUAUGGCACACGUGUCACGAGGUGUCCGUUGGCCAAUACCACCAGACUAUUACGAUGAAGAAGAAAGUCACGGAUGGAAUCCGAUCAAGCCUAGGAGUAUAUUAAGUGAUCUGCGUGACGUUCACAAAGAAAUAAAAGAAAAGCCAAAAAACGAAUCAUCGCAAUCUGAACAAUGUGAUCAAGAAGGCUCGGAGGCGAUAAUAAACCCCAAAGAUCUAGAAUCAGGAAAACGUUCAAAAUCCAGUGGCACUGAGCAACUUUUGGAUGAGGGUAAUAACCCCUUUCUAGAAGAUGAGAACGACGAUCCCAGCUACGACUACGAAAACGAUGCUAUGCUUGCGGCCGCUCAACAUGCGCUUGGAUUGAGUGCAAAACAGGACAUGGCUACUCUCAGGGACAAGUCAAUACAACCGAGGAAUCUAUUACAAGUGCUACUGAAUGAACGAAGAAACCAAUCGAAAGCAGUGAGCAUACCAGAAGGAGAGAUAGAGACAUCUCCAUCAAGCACACAAGAUGUGGCUUCCAAUAACUCUCAUGCAGAAUCGAACGCCCAGACAGUGUGUUAUAUCAAUGACCAGAAUAAACAAGUUGUUGAUAUACAGGAAAAUACGCAGAGAGCUGAUAAGACGCCACCAUUAAGCCAAGACAUGACUUAUUCCACAAGUGAUCCAUUUACUACACCACAGCAGAAUAUAAUUGAUAACUAUUAUCUACCAUUAUACGAGACAGAAUCGACCAAAGAAGUGACAAAAUCUAUUAAAGGAAGCAGUGGGAGUCCUAGGCAACCCGACGAAUGUGAUAAUAGCGGAGAUGCUGAUAACGUUUCGAACGUUAGCAAGAUUAGCGAAAGCAAGGAUCCGCAUUUGUUCUAUGAUGAGUUAACUAACAGAAAAGUGGAAGAUUUCGUUGAUAUCAACGAAGAGACUAUCACUGACGAGAUGUCGGAAUACACUCUCUCAACUGACAACACCAGGUCGGAAGAAGAGAAUGCGAGAUCAUCCAAUCUGUCAACACUGGAGAGAGCGUCUUCUUUGGACAAUACAAUACGAGAUCAGAACAAAGUGAUGACCCCUAAAACAGAUAAAGACGAGAUGCCGUCCGAAGUAUCAAGGUCAUUAAAACACGCAACAACACACGAGGAGUCAGGCGGUAAAAGGAAAAGACGACGUUCGGAAGGAGCGAUAACGGAUACUGAGGGUUUUCUGUCCGCGAGAGAAUUCAAGCAUAUAACCGAUUAUGGGAAAACCCGUAAAUUGCGUGACCGUACAAGAACGAAGAAGGAAGGAAAUUGA